AUGACGAUAGGAUACAGUGGACGUAAAUUGACAACACUGGCCAUUGUUGGCCUACUGUCCCUACAAUUGGUACUGAUUAGCGACCAAAUGAAACCAUUGAAGGCCAGCAGCGACAGAGCACAGGCCUACGCAUUGAAAUCUAUACUAUCGUUGCUUUAUUUGCUUAAAACUAAAAAGCCCAAAUUUGGUAUACUCCCGAUCCCGCUCCCGUUACCCAUUCCCGUUAAAAUCGAAAAACCUGAGAACCCAGUGGUGAUUAGCAAAAAUGUACACAAAUAUCCUAUUGUACACCAUGCACCAUCUUACGAAGCCAUCCCUGAGUAUUAUCCAGUAGAGGAGGCACCCGCCUAUAUUGAUGGCGGCUAUGGUGCCGAUGAAGGUUACGGUGCCGGCGGUUAUGGUGGCGGCGGUUAUGGUGCCGUCGGUUAUGGUGCCGGCGGUGGUUAUGGCGGCGGAUACGGUGGUGGCGUAGGAUCAGUAUCCAGUGCUUAUGGAGGCGCCGGUGGUGCCGGUGGUUAUGGUGGUGCCGGCGGCUAUGGCGGUAGUGUUGGAGGUUAUGGUGGUGGCGGUGCCGGUGGUUAUUAA